AUGACCAACACUAUCUAUCUGAUUACUGGCGCUAGCCGCGGAAUUGGUCGUGGUCUAGUCGAGACAUUCCUCGCUCGCCCCAACACCACGGUCAUCGCGGCCGUCCGUGACCCCGCCGCUGCUUCCUCCCAGUCGCUACAAUCCCUCUCUAAAGGCGACUCCUCUAGCCUGAUAGUAGUAAAAAUCGACGCAAAGUCACCCACCGAUCCGGCUGCUACCGUCGAGAUCCUCCAGACAGAGCACGGCAUCGACCACCUCGACGUGGUGAUUGCUAACGCGGGAAUUUCCGAGGACUUCUCGCCCGUGCACGAGGUCUCUAUUUCCGUGGUGCGCGAGCACGUCGAGGUCAAUGCCUACGGGCCCAUCUACCUUUACCAAGCGGUCUACCCGCUACUCAAGAAGAGCACGAAGCCCACGUUUGUAGGAGUCGGCAGUCCUAUGGGCAGCAUCGGCGGCAUGGAGCAGCGCCCGUACCCAAGUGCCGCGUACGGCCCGAGCAAGGCUAUGUUGCAUUGGAUUGUCCGCAAGAUUCACUUCGAGAAUGAGGACUUUGUGAGCUUCGUUGCUGAUCCUGGCUUCGUCCAAACUGAUAUGGGUAAUACCGGUGCCCGGCUCGUUGGUCUUGAGAAGGCCUUCCAAACGAUCGAAGAGAGCGUCGGCGGUCUCGUGAAGACUAUUGACGAGGGGACGAGGGAGUCGGUCGGUGCGCAGCUGCGCGUGUGGGAUGGAACACAGUUCCCCUGGUAG